AUGCUACUUGAAAAAGUUAGUUUCAUAACAGAUGAUGGUAAAGCCAUAUUAGCGUAUGGCUAUCCAUUUAAAUGGAUUCUUAAUACUACUAAAUAUCCUGAAGAAGUUAAACAUAGUCACGUUGAUUUUGCAAAAAGAUUUAUAUCAUCGUGGGAAAUUAUGAACACUUUUAGCGGUAUGCAACAUCACUUACUUUUUCAAAAACAUAUUACCGAAUCUCUUUUUAAAGAUGUAGAAACAUAUCAUGAAAAAGAUUUUUGGAAAGCUUUUAUGGAUGAAGUUGAUAUAACGAAAUGGAAUGCUGCUUCUGAAUAUGUCAUAUAUUUUCAUUUUGCUAUAAAAAAUUAUCCGAAUGAUUUAGAAUUAAGACAUCUUAACUCUUAUGAUCUUAUUUAUGAUUCACAAGAAGGUGAUAAUGAUAUUCUACAAAUUUUAGAUCAAUUUGCUCAAUAUACUGAAUAUAAAGGUGUCGGAUUUCAUUCCUUUCUUAAUCUUAAGGAAAGAUUGAAAACAAUGGAUUAUGUAACAGAAUCAUUGCAAAAAAAAAUGUUGAAUGAAAAACCUUUAUGUUUUAUUUUAAAAUUAUGCAAUA